AUGUGGCUCCCCCUAUACUCUCGCAGGUUCGGUCCCGCCGCCAGCCUUCCGGAGCUAUUCGAGCGCGUCGGACUCGACCCCGGCGACACGGCAGCGACAUCCGAAGGGCCGUCUGGGAUGGUUCGCUUCGCCUUUCGCUCUAGACUGGCGUGUCCAGUCUUGGGGGAUCACGUCGAGGUGGCCUGGAAGGGAAAGUUCAGGCUGGACGAUUGCAUGGUGUUCGUCGGGCUGUCGUGGUGGGACGCUAAGGUUCGGCACGUGGGCUCUCGCUGCUGUACCGUUGUAUCAUGUGCUGCUCCCGGGGAAACUCGUGUACACUGA